AUGUCUGAAAAUUCGAAUGAUGAUGAUGAAAAUUUGAAUGAUGAAAAUUCUAUUGCUACAUCUUCUAUUAAUACACAAGUUGUUAAGCGUCAACAUAUUGAAUUACCAAAGCAAAAAAGAGAACAAACUUCAUGGGUUUGGACAUACUUUGAAAAACGUAAUAAAAUGCUUUAUUGUAAAUACAAAGACAACAAUGAAGUUCGCUGUUCAGCAAAAUAUAAAUUAAACUGUUCAACAAGCACUCUAAGUUAUCAUCUUCGACAUGUACAUAACCUAGUAUCUGGAUUAUUUAAAAAG